GCCCCGCUCCCCGCAUGCGCGACCGAGCUCCGGGGGCGGUCCUGUUUCAUCCGGGUAUCCGGUGGCCGGUGGCUGUUUUGUUUUCUUGGCUGAAAACUAGGAGAAAGUGAGGCGGCACCGCGCAGCGCGACACCGGGCUCGGGACCGACUGCACGGGCGGGGCUGGACUGACCUGAAAAAAAAUGUCUGGAUUUCUAGAAGGCUUGAGAUGCUCAGAAUGCAUUGACUGGGGGGAAAAGCGCAAUACUAUUGCUUCCAUUGCUGCUGGUGUUCUAUUUUUUACAGGCUGGUGGAUUAUCAUAGAUGCAGCUGUCAUUUAUCCAACUAUGGAAGAGUUCAACCACUCAUACCAUGCCUGUGGUGUUAUAGCAACCAUAGCCUUCCUGAUGAUUAAUGCAGUAUCAAAUGGACAAGUCCGAGGUGACAGUUACAGUGAAGGUUGCCUGGGUCAAACAGGGGCUCGCAUUUGGCUGUUCAUUGGAUUCAUGCUGGCAUUUGGGUCUCUGAUUGCAUCUAUGUGGAUUCUCUUUGGAGGCUAUGUUGCUAAAGAAAAAGCCAUCGUAUACCCUGGAAUUGCUGUAUUUUUUCAAAAUGCCUUUAUCUUUUUUGGAGGACUGGUGUUUAAGUUUGGCCGCACUGAAGACUUAUGGCAGUAAGAGCGUCCAGUUUGCUUCUGCACAGCAGCCCUGUGUGGGUUUUUUACUACUCACUCCCAGUUUUUUGUAAUGCCGUUUUUUAAACUCAUUUUUGAGUGUAGUCUUCAGCUUCAAUUUGUGUAAUACUGAAAUCAUGAGAACUUCCUAUGUAAACAACAACAAAAAUCUAUUGUGUGCAUUGGACUAACUUAUAAAAUGUUGAAAAUAUGCCACAUGAAUAAUUUUUAUUAAGUUUUAUCAUGGUGUAAUUUGUAAACAUAAAUUACAAAAAGAAUCAUGGAUGCAUCUUAUACGAGCAUUUGUCAUAGCCAAGGUCCCAAAACUAUAAAUUAAAGUGCUCUGAAGAUUUAAUGUGUCUAAAUGUGGCCUCUUCUGUGUCAAAUGUUAAAUGAAAUAUAAACAUUUUCUUGUUUUUAAAUCUAUGCAGUAGUCAGAAUUCUUUCUUGCUAUACGUUGUGUUUGAUCUAUCUGCAAACAUUUCAGUGUUAGUAGCCAUUGAAGGUGUCCCAAGGGGUGAGUUGGAAGAGAGAAGCUCCUGUUGGAAGAGAGAAGCUCCUGAUUCAGCCACAAGGCUGCUCAACAGGGUCCCUUCGGUGCCCCUGAUCGGGGCUGAGGCCUGACAGCCACUCAGCCCAUACAUGUGGUCAUGGUGGGAUGCUGACAGUCACUCCCUGUCUACCAAUGAAGGAAAGAGGAAAAAGAGACUGGACACUAGUCUUUACUCAGGCGACAAAUUUUUUUGUUGUUGAUUUGACAAUAAAUUGAAUUCCAAGUUU